UUAAGAUUCUAACUGCAUACAUGGAACCUUGUUUGGUUCUUGAUAUUCAUAUUCCUGGUAUAACAAAAAUAUAAUCCGCAUACGAGUUCGUGUCAAGGCACCGAAAUAUUUACCUUCCCUUUUUUAGAAUAACAAUGACAAAUUAAAAUUCUUUAUAUAUAAACCAUAAACAAGUUUAUGCUUCAGUUACGUUGAAAACACCGGUAUAUUUUUGUGGUGAGGUUUAAAUACUUGUAGCGAUCCAGGCAAAAUGUACUUGCCAGUCUUCAUUUGCAUUACGUCUGCAAUUAUGUCAGGUAUUUCCUGCAAUGACGCCUUAUUGCCAAUUUAUACUCCAGGAUAUUCCAACGUUUACUACCAAAGAGCUGAACCAAAUUCGCCGAAAUUUCAUUCUAUAGAACAAGGUCAAUAUCGAGCAGACACAACAGAAGAAACUACAGAGUCCACCACAGAGAGAUGUGGAUUUUGCGGAGCAGACAAACUGAAUCCUUCUCUUGAUUCAAAUGACAGUGACGCAACUACCGAAGUAGACACUGAGGUAUUCAAGAAGAUUGAUCCCCAAACCAAGGCUGAUUUUGAGUUGGAAGAGGAGUUUGAGGGAAACAAAAAGAUUGCUCAGAGACCAAUUCUCAAGGAACAGGGCAUUUACUAUGUCUACCAUCCAAGUGGGCUGCUUCAAAGGGUGGUAUUCACUACAGCUGGUGACGCACACAAUCAGGAAUUCUUCACGAAAGUGAAAUAUCAGAAUGUUGAACCAAUCACUGCGCCUGUUUAUACGUACAGUCCAAACAAUUUUGUACUACAAAGACUGCAAUUGGUAUAAUAGAUAUGACUUACAGUGUUAAGUGAUGAUUUUAUAUUUAAUAAUAAUAAAUAUAUUCGUAUGAAUUGUUAUA